UGGACGGUGACGCUGCGGGCGCCACACGCUUUAAACGCGAAAACAAAUAAUACGAGUACUUAUAUGUAUGACUGGUCGGCGACCCAGUUUUCGCGAGUUGUAUUGCCCGUUGUGUGUUAUCAUUAUCGUUCUGUUGUUGGAAGUGUUGUCGUUGAUGUGGCAGUUUCUGUCGAGCAACAAGCACGCGGCGGCUAUGCUGGCGGUGAUGUGCGUGGCUGCCGUGGUGGCCAUCAUAUUAGCCACCACAGCCUCCAGCCACGCCCCAGACCACCCGUCGCCGGCUGAGACAGAGGAUAUCAGCGACGAUCCACAUAUAUUUUCAACAUAUACAUUACCAGCUGAUGAGCGGUUCAUGGCAUCGAUAGGCAACGGCCACGUAGCCACCAAUGUGUUCAGCGACACUGUGUACAUGAACGGCCUCUACAACGGCCGCACGGGCAGAAGCCAUCGCGCCCGCAUCCCUGCAUACGCCAACGUACGCCUCAACUCCACAUUAACGCAUUUCCCUUUCAAGCCCAUCUACAGCUUGAACACAAGAGAUGCCGUCUUCAAAGUGAGAGUUGAUAGAGAUAGAUCUAUCGUUACUCAGAGAAUAUACGCACAUAAAUUCUAUACGAGAACUAUUGUUAACCAGAUUGAAGUCGUUGCCAAGCCGCACGCAGAUCCAAACUUCAUCCACCAUGAGAUUUGGAUAGCCGUGCAGCUCAUUCCUGGAGCAGACAGCGAAGACAUAGAUUUCCAGACACCAGUUCCCGAAGUGGUAGAUGGUCGUAUCGUGUGGAGCAGAUGCGGGGAUACCAAGGAGGUGGAAGAGCCGAUGUUCCAGCCUCUGCCGACGGUUGUCUGCGUCUAUUGGACUUCAGUGCCGGACCACUUGGUGGUUCCGCAGCAUGGCUCCAGGGUGUUCACGUUCGCCAUGACGGCUGAUAAAAACAGAACAGUUGCGAGAACUGAGCUUCUGAAAGUAUUACAGGAAGAUGGCGAGGAGCUGUUUAGGAAACACGUGGAGCCGUGGCACAAGUUGUAUUACAGCGCCGGAAUUGAUAUAGAAGGAAAUAUGAAGCUUUCUAAAAUAGUCAACGGCAUAUGGUACUACUUACUCAGCUCGUUGCCUUCGGAGAAAUCGUACCAGCCAUUGGAGAGAUUUUUUGGACUUAGUCCUGGUAGUCUAGCAAGAGGAAACGACGAAGACUAUAAUGGUCACAAUUUUUGGGACACAGAAAUUUGGAUGUUCCCAACAAUUCUGAUGCUGUAUCCUAAGUUUGCGCGGGAGUUACUACAGUAUCGGCUAGACACAGCCUAUGUGGCGGCUUACAAUUCCCGAAGCUCUGGGUAUAAGGGAUACAGGUAUCCGUGGGAGAGCGCCUUCACAGGCGUGGAAGUGUCUUCACCGUGCUGCCCGGAGGUAGCUGAGUACGAGCAGCACAUCAGCGGCUGCAUUUCCUUCGCCAGCAGACAGUACCUGGCCGCCACCAGGGACGAGGACUGGCUCAAGCAUGGCGGCUGUUCCAUCAUAACAAAUAUAGCUGAUUUUUGGGCGUCACGGGCUAUCAUCAACUACACUACUGGCUUGUAUGACAUAUCAAAUGUGAUGGGUCCUGACGAAGACCAUGCAAAUGUCACCAAUUCUGUAUUCACCAACGUAGUCGCCGGCUACUCCUUAUAUUUGGCCCAAUAUGCGUCAUGCGUGUGCGCGGAGUACUACAGGUCCCGCGACGCUGAUCAGUGGGCGGACAUCGCGUGGAGCCUGGCGUUACCCUGGGACCAGCGCGCCGACUACCACCCCGAGUACAGCGGCUACCGGCGCGGCGACCGCGUCAAGCAGGCGGACGCCGUGCUGCUCGGGUACCCGCUGCAGUACCCCAUGAACCAGAGUACGCGCACCAAUGACCUGGAGUACUACGAGGCGGUAACGCGCGAGGACGGCCCCGCCAUGACUUGGAGCAUGCACGCCAUUGGCCGCCAGGACGCUGGCCAGCAAGACCGAGCUGAUGAACUGUUCCAUAGGAGCUACGCCGAUUACGUCAGGGAACCUUUUAAGGUGUGGAGCGAGGAGUCGGACGGGUCGGGCGCAGUGAACUUCCUCACGGGCAUGGGCGGCCUCCUGCAGGCCCUCGCCGCGGGCCGCGCCGGCCUGCGCCUCUCGCUCGCCGCACUCACCAUACGACGCCCCGUGCCGCCCCCACACGUCACGCGCCUCACGAUCAGAGGUAUACAGUACUUGGGGGCAAACUUAACCCUGGAGGUGGAGCAAGCGCGCACGACCCUGCGAGUGAAUUCCCUGUACAUCGGCGGUGUUCCCCUAACGCUUUACAACGGGCUGUACAACGUGACCCUCGUUCCGGACAUGACGGUGACUUUGUCGGGGGAAGGCCCAUUCACGAUCAGCGCACCACUCUGGAAGAACUGCAAGCUGCCAAGUGACACCAUCGGACACAACUACCUGCGACCCAUCGAAACUUAGCAUGCCUCAUCAACAUAGCCUUUGGAGUGGAAAAAGCUGUCAACUACUUAGAUUAAAACAAAAAGGGUAGAUACGGUACGCUCAUACUUGCAUCAAACAAAAACUGAUCCCACGGCAGCGCGAACGGGACGGCGAGAUCCGCGUCACUGCAUUACCGACCCGAACGAAACAGCACGUUAAGUUUCAACGGCAGCGCGAACGAGACGGCGAGAUCAGCGUCACUGCACUACCGACCAAAUACGCGAUCAGUACUCGACCUCGACGUCACUACCGAAUAAGAUUCAAAACAAACAGCAAUUUAAAAAAAAAACUAUUUUAUAGUACUUACGAAUGAAAAGUGAUGCCGUUUUAUUUUUAGUUCUUGAGCAAUUUGAGAACUUUUUAAAAACACACUUAGGCAUUGUUUUAUCAUAUAAACACAAAAUAUUAGCAAUAUUUCUUUUUGGCGUUCACAUGUACGUCGUUUGCAUGUCAAGUUGUGACUAAAGCGAUUAGGGUCGUGGACCACAAUUCAUGCGGAUCACUUUUGUGAGGCUAGUGCCGUAUAUACCCUUUUUGUUUGUGGCAGUCACAAUAUUUCCAAAGAAAAAUAAUUUAUGCAUCGUAGAAUUAUUUUCUAUAGAUCGGCAGGUUCAUCUAAUGAUCAGCUAGGCUAGGCACCUACUGAAGUUUGCAAACUUUAUUUGGUAUAUAAGAGUGGACAAUAUUUUUCGCAAAAAUGCUGACCAAUCCACCAGUUAUGCCAUUACUCGAAGAAGUUUUAAGUAUUAUGACUAUUGCUGAGAAUGUUAAAUAAAAAAUAAAGAUAGUAAUAAGUCCCAAGUACUUAUAGUGAUGUGUAUGAAUUUUCGUUAACGAAGGUAUUUGUAUCUGGAAAAUCAAUUUUUCGUUAUCCAUAAUAAAAGCUAUUUUCAAAACUGCUAACAUUUUAAAACCUUUGAUAUGUGUCUUUUUGAUUAUGGCAAUCUCAAAGGCACAUAAUGGGCUCAGUUUGAUCAUUUCUUGAAAAAUCUAGUGAUGUGCCGAGUGCGGUUUGACUCGAAUCGGACUCGAUUCUUGCCUUGGAUUCGAUUACUCGAAUACCAAUUUAUUUUGAUUCAAAUACGCCGGACUCGAUUCCGGUACUCGAGUUAGGAAGAAUCGAUUUUGUACUCGCUGACUCGGUUGUAUUAUGCGAGCCGACUGACUCGAAUCUUGUAUUCGAGUUAGGUUGACUCGGUCGUACUCGAUCUCUGUGUACUUUGGCAAUGAAGUGACGCUUAUUAAUACAAAAUUAAACUUGCAAUUUUUUGUUUUGAUUUCUUCAUUUUGUGUUAGUGAGCUGUUACUGUAAGUGAAUUUAAUUGUUUCUUAGUAAAACUAGUGUACUGAUUUAAUUGUAAUUAAUAUUAAUACAUAUAUUUUUAUUCGUUUGUUAAAAACUAAUAGAACAAAUUUCUGAAGUUCAGUAAUUUAGCAAUAGCUUUUAAAAAAAUCCCUUUUUGUUUUGUAAUAAAACAAGUAGAACUUGAUCUCAUUACUAGAUCCUAGAUGUUCUAUAUUUUUUGUAACGUUUCUAAAUAUUUUCAUUAAAAACGUUUGAUUUGUUAUGUUAUUACGUUCAAUCUAAUGCUCUUAAAGUUUACUCUAUUAAAAAAAAAACAGUUCUAUCGUUAACCGAUUCGUGUUCUGGGAUCAAAUUUCUAGAAUCGAGUCCAGGACAUGAGUUCUGGACUCGAGUCUACACUCGAAUACCAAACCUUGAACUUGAGUACUGGGUAUGAAUCGCAGAAUCGAGUCACAAUUCGAAUACCGUAUAAACCAACUCGAGUCGACUCGAGCCCCCAAAAAAGCGACUCGGCACAUCACUAGAAUAAUCCCUGAUAGCAUAGGGAUUUAGAAAAAAUAAAUUUUGGCCGACCAUCUUUGAAGGCCGAUUAUUGCAAGUUCCGUAACUUCCACCAUCGCAAAUCGAACUCGCAAACCAUUGUGCCAUCGAGCCCCACGAAGACUCAAAUUCUAAAAUCUCAAUUUUUAACAUGACAUGAAAGAGAUAUUAACAACAUUUUAAAACUCAAUGCAUUUUUUUAUCUAAAGAAAAUUUUACUAAUAAAUUCCACGCGGACCAGGUAGCAGACGGGACUCUCCGCUAUCAGGGUGGAUGCAUUGACCAUUAUGCUUCCUGAAAAAAGAGGAAAUACUAGAAAAUAAUCGAUCGGUCGUUAGGGCUGCAGUAGCAUAAUGCAGUGCAUCCGCCCGGAUAGUGGAGGCUGCGGGUUCGAGUCUCGCUGCUCGCGGACCAGCCGCGUGGAAUGUUUUCUAGUCAAAUUUUCUUUAGAUUUAAACAUCUCAGACCACAGUGAAAUAACACUGCCUUUUGAUGGUGUUGUAUUUCUGUUGAUGAUUAAGGUUCCAGGGAUAGGGGAUUUCGCAAGCGUCUAUAGCCAUAUGCUCGUUUGCCAAUAAAAACUUAUUGAACGACUGCCUCAAAAUGUAUUAUAAAUUAAAUGUAUAUUUGUGAAUAAAAGGAAUGAAAUUAUUUAUUUUGAAUAAAGCUUUACGCCUUUUUUCUGUUUUUUUUUUUCACCUUGAGAUAAUUUAAAUUUUGAGUAUGUACUUAGAAAUGUACGUUUUUGGUCUUAAACUUAAGACGCAAGGCUUUCUUAUGUUAUAAUAGUGAAUGGUAAGUUAUCUUCUAGUGGUCUCACAAUCCUAAAAUAAACUAUUUACAAUUAAAUAUGAUAAGUACCUUUUCAACACACACUGGAAAGGUUGCAUACAUUGUUCGAAAGUUCAAAAUUACGAGCCAUCCAACGGAACGUGCGGUAAAACAUUUUACUAAAUGAGUACAGGAGAUUGGUAGGUGAAGAGUGAAAAGGGAUUUGGGGGUGAAAAGGUAUUGAAGAGUGAUAAGGGAAUUGGAGGGUGUAAAGGGGAUUCGAGGGUGAAAAAGGGAUUCGACGGUGAAACGGAUUCGAAGGUGAAAAAGGGAUUAGAGGGUGGAAAGGUAUUGAAGGGUGAUAAGGGAAUUGGAGAGUCGAGUGUAAAGAGGAUUCGAGGGUGAAAAAAUGCUCGCCGAUGCUCUGGACUCAUUUUGGACCCGUAGCAGCUCUAUGAGCCGCUAUCUUCUUCUCCCCCAGUCUUCGUCUAACCGAAGAAACGCUCAUGGUUCUUCUGCCUGGAGCUGGUGUUGCAACUCGACAGCAUUAGAUAACCGAUUUCUUAGAGAUGUCGAUACGAUGAGUCGGUAGUUUCUCUCCGAGGCGCAGCGACGUAAACCAGACCAGUGCUUCCGGAUAUGAUCACCGGUCUCCAGGACAGGAGAUUGGCAGGUGAAGAG